UGCUGUCUUCGCUGGCAGUGACAGAAACUACCUCCCACAUUCUUUUCCCUCAGCAAAUCCCCACUGCCACAAACAGCAGUAUUGCAGGACUAGUUGGACAAGCGCUGUGAAAUCAGCAGCAGCAAGGUGUGCUCUCACUGCCGUCAUGACUGAAUCAUUUAAAAAAGCAGUAGAGGAGGUGAAGGUGCUCAAACAAAGACCAAACUAUGAUGAAAUUGGUGUACUAUAUGGUUUAUAUAAGCAAGCCACAGUUGGUGAUAUUAACAUAGAGUGUCCAGGGAUAUUUGACCUCGCAGGACGAGGAAAAUGGAAUGCGUGGGAUAAGAAGAAAGGUCUGGGCAAAGAUGAAGCAAUGACUGCCUAUGUUGAAGUGGUGGAGAAGCUGAAAGCAAAAUAUGGAAUCUAGAGCCUGUGCCACAUCUCCCACUUUUCUCUCAAUAACAUUUGACAAGCUUUACAACUGAUUUUACAUGCUGCUACACUUGCUGGUACUGUGUAAAAUAUAAUUGAUGAAAAUGCUAGAUGCAAUUUGGAGUACUUUCUGGUACUCUACAUUGGUUAAAAUAAAGUGUGUAAAAGAAUAGGUCAACAUUUGAGAAAUACACUUCUGUGGAAAAAAGCAUCUUUAUAUGUCUUUAUGCUAAUUGUGAAGCGAGAACCAGCAGGCAAUUAGCUUUACUUACUCUACUUAAAAGUGGAAGUGGGGUGGGGGUGGGGGGCCUUUUGACACAGUCAGGCUAGCUGUUUCCCCCCUGCCUCCACCCUAUAUGCUAAGCUAAUUGUCUGCUGACUCUAGUUUCAUACAGAUUUAAGAGUGGUAUCAAUCUUCUCUUCUAACGACAAAAUGUGUUUCCUAAAAUGUUAAGCUAUUCCUUUAAGUGCAAAUACAAUGUAAGUUUUUAUAUAAAAGCAGUUUCAAUACAGUGCAUCUGUGUCCAAGACUGGCUAUCAAAAAUAAAGACUUGUUCUUUUGACCUCA